AUGUGGUGCGGCGGGAGGAAGUGCGGCUUGUUUUCCCGGCUAGGCUCUGGAGCGGCGGGCGCGGCGCGAUGCGCGGGUACCCGGGAGCGAACCGCUGCGAGCCCCGAUGAAGCUCGAGCCGCCCCAGCCUGAUGGAGGCGCCUCCGUGGGAGCCGGUGCGCAAUGACUCCCUGCCUCCCACGCUGAGCCCCGCGGUGCCGCCCUACGUGAAGCUCGGCCUCACGGCUGUCUACACCACCUUCUACGCGCUCCUCUUCGUGUUCAUCUAUGCUCAGCUCUGGCUAGUGCUGCGCUACCGUCACAAGCGGCUCAGCUACCAAAGCGUCUUCCUCUUCCUUUGCCUCUUCUGGGCCUCGCUGCGUACUGUGCUCUUCUCCUUUUACUUCCGAGACUUCGUGGCAGCCAACUCGUUCAGCCCCUUCGUCUUCUGGCUGCUGUACUGCUUCCCCGUGUGUCUACAGUUCUUCACCCUCACGCUCAUGAACUUGUACUUCACGCAGGUAAUUUUCAAGGCCAAGUCAAAAUAUUCUCCAGAAUUACUCAAAUACCGGUUACCCCUCUACCUGGCGUCACUUUUCAUCAGCCUUGUUUUCCUGUUGGUGAAUCUGACCUGCGCUGUGCUGGUGAAGACGGGAGACUGGGACAGGAAGGUUAUCGUCUCCGUGAGAGUGGCCAUCAACGACACACUCUUUGUGCUAUGUGCCAUCUCUCUCUCCAUCUGCCUCUACAAAAUCUCCAAGAUGUCCCUGGCCAACAUCUACUUGGAGUCAAAGGGCUCAUCGGUGUGUCAGGUAACUGCCAUUGGUGUCACCGUCAUCUUGCUCUACACCUCUCGGGCCUGCUACAACCUGUUUAUCCUGUCAUUUUCUCAGAUCAAGAACGUCCAUUCUUUUGAUUAUGACUGGUACAAUGUAUCAGACCAGGCAGAUCUGAAGAGCCAGCUGGGCGAUGCCGGCUACAUCGUGUUUGGCGUGGUGCUCUUCGUGUGGGAGCUCCUACCCACCACCCUGGUGGUUUAUUUCUUCCGAGUCAGAAAUCCCACGAAGGAUCUUACUAAUCCUGGGAUAGUCCCCAGCCAUGGAUUCAGUCCCAGAUCUUACUUCUUUGACAACCCCCGAAGAUAUGACAGUGAUGAUGAUCUUGCCUGGAACAUUGCCCCUCAGGGACUUCAGGGAAGUUUUGCUCCAGACUACUAUGAUUGGGGACAACAAAAUAACAGCUUCCUGGCACAAGCAGGAACUUUGCAGCAAGACUCCAUUUUGGAUCCAGACAAAGCAAGCCAAGGGUAGCACCUGCUGACACAGUCCUAUGGAAGAGUCCUCUAUUGAAAACCUUCAGCCAGACAGACUGGAUGACAGCUGAGUUUUUAAGGCAGUUUUCCUUAUGAAACAGAACUUUAUUUUAUUUUUGCUAUAGCUUUCUCAUGGCUCCAUAGGGCUAAGCAAUAAUUUAGAGCAAUAAACCCUUUAGUACUAGCACAGAGCCUGGCUAUUUCAGUGGGUGUAAUUUAAACUUUUCAGAGAGAUUCUGUACUUUUAUAAAGAUGUAUUUUAUAUAACUUAAAUACUAAUGAUAAAGUAUGAGGUUUUUCCUUGAUUGUUAAUUGCCAUGUAUGUUGUAGUUUGCACAGACUUUCAUGCAUAAUUCACUUUAAAACGUAUAGAAUACAUGGUCUAAUAGUUUAAAGCUUUUGGAAGCGUUUCCACAAAUCUUACCUCUGAAGGUCACUCUUGUGGUGGGCUCCUUUAACGGCCACUCCAGUGUUCAAAGUUAAGGGGAAGCAGAGUACCACGGACUGUACAUAACGGGCUCAGCAGGAGGAGUUUCUCUUAAACUUUGUCCUAAGUCUGGUGCUUCUUCAUCUGGAAGCACUAAUACAAGCACUCCAGUAACAAGCAGAUACUGUCAAGAUGUAGUCACCGACACUAUUAAACCUCCUCUGCUGUGUGUGUA